AUGCUUAAUUCCAUCAAAUGUGUGUUGGUAGGGGAUGCAGCCGUGGGGAAAACAGCCCUCUUGGUGCGCUUCACGUCAGAGACAUUCCCUGACAUGUACAAGCCCACGGUGUAUGAGAAUGCAGGGGUAGACGUCUUCAUGGAUGGUAUCCAGAUCAGUCUGGGCCUUUGGGACACAGCAGGCAACGACGCCUUCAAGAGCAUCCGUCCCCUCUCCUACCAGCAGGCAGAUGUGGUGCUCAUGUGCUACUCGGUGGCCAACCAUAACUCCUUCUUGAGCCUGAGGAACAAAUGGAUUGCUGAGAUCCGGAGCAACUUGCCCUGCACCCCAGUUUUGGUGGUGGCCACACAGACUGACCAGAGGGAAAUGGGACCCCACAGGGCCUCCUGUAUAAACUCGGUGGAUGGGAAACGGUUGGCCCAGGAGGUGAAAGCCAAGGGCUACCUAGAGUGCUCAGCUCUCUGCAACCGAGGGGUGCAACAGGUAUUUGAAUGUGCUGUGAGGACUGCAGUUAAUCACGCUAGGAAGAGAAGUAGGAGGAAACUCUUCUCCAUUAAUGACUGCAAGAUCUUCUAA